GAGAGUCAGUGUGAAGGAAGCAGAAUGAAAAAAAGCGUUGAGAGAGUAACGAUAUUGAUAUUGAAUGACGUUACCGCACAGAAGCUUUAAUAAAUGCAAUUUGAGACGGAAAAGGGGAGGGGGAAAAAGUAAUGGAGGGGGAGUGACGGUAACGCUACAGCUAAGAUAAACAGGUUAGGAAGAGGACAGAUAGACGUCUGUUUGGCUCCAAGAAACGGAUUUUUGUCCACUUUCGUCGCACUUUGUUCUACCUCUGCUGUUGGGACAGCCAUUAGAAAGAGAAAACCAGGGGGGAGCAAUUAAGGAACUGUGACCUAUUUUCCUUCCAGUUUUAACCACCUCCUCACCAUGUCGGCUCCUGGUUACAACCAGGUGCCCUACCCCAUGCCCCAGCCCGGUGGUUCCUAUGGUGAUCCUAAUCAAGCCCCUCCACCAGGCUUUAACAUGGGCUACAAUCAGGGUCCCCCUACUGUUAUGUAUCAGCCUGGCCCAGUGGGUCACAGUCCAGGCCAAGGGCCUGAGUAUGGUGGCCCACCGGGUGGGAUCUCCCCUGCGCCAGCCGGAGGGUCACCUGCCCUUCCCGUCGGAGUCCCACCGGGGCUUGAGUAUCUCACACAGAUCGACCAGAUCCUGAUCCAUCAAAAAGUUGAACUCCUUGAAGCCUUCAUUGGUUUUGAGACAAACAACCAGUAUGAAAUAAAGAACAGUCUGGGCCAAAAAAUCUACAAGGCCAAAGAGCAGAAUGACUGCUGCACCAGGAACUGCUGCGGCUCUCUGCGUAGCUUCGACAUGAAAAUCAAGGACAACAUGGACAGGGAGGUCAUCCGUCUCAUCCGGCCUUUCCGCUGUGUCUCCUGCUGUUGUCCCUGCUGCCUGCAAGAGAUGGAGGUCCAGGCACCGCCGGGCACCACCAUAGGGUACGUUAAACAAGACUGGCACCCUUUCCUACCAAAGUUUUCCAUCAUGGGUGCAAACAAGGAGACCGUGUUGAAACUGGAGGGACCCUGCUUUGCCUGCAACUGCUGUGGAGAUGUCAACUUUGAGCUGAAGGGGAAAGAUGGGGACACUCCCAUCGGUCGCAUCAGCAAGCAGUGGAGCGGCCUUUUAAAAGAAGUCUUCACUGACACCGACAACUUUGGCAUCCAGUUCCCUCUGGACUUGGACGUGAAGAUGAAAGCUGUGCUCAUGGGUGCCUGCUUCCUCAUUGAUUUUAUGUUCUUCGAGAAAGUCGGAGAGGCCAACCAGCGCAGCUCUGUGUUUUCGUAACUGAGGAAAAAAAGGAGAGAGGAAAUGGCAUGGAAGGAUCCUCUCCUGUUUGCUUUGUAUGUACUUAUUGCAUUUGUUCUUUGGUGCAGUCCCACAAUCCAUUUAUAGACGCAUACAAAGCAGUGUGAUCUAAUCAGUUCUUGUGUAAGUCAAGUCUGUCCAAGCUUAGUGACUGAUUGCUGGCUACAGAGUUGCCAGUGUUCCUUACACGCCAUACAGUGAGUAAAUGUUUGAUCUACAUCCAAGUGAAAGGCGUAUGUUCAGCAAGAUCCCUGCCAAAGAAUUUCUACCUUACCAUGGAUGUUUUUUAACUGCUCAUGCGUAAUAAAUAGUGGGGUUUUUUGCAACACUGUUGUUUCAAAUUUAUACAGUUUUUCUGUUGUAUUAUUUUGCUCAUGCUUUAUGUAGAAAUCACAAUAGAUAGAUGUAACUGCAGCACCGUUGUGGAUGUAGAAGCUAAAUGCAUUUAUUCUAUUCAUGAUAGCAGCUACCUAAUGGCACUUUCAGUUUGUUCAUUCUUUGAUAUUUUCUCAAAAGUCAGCGUGGAUAUUCUUAGUCCCUACAGACUUUGAUUACUUCUCAACAUUUAAAAUUAUAAAGUUCAGUUUCCUCAGUUCUUUUGCUUGUGGUUUAAUACCUAUCACACAAGCAACACUUGCUUUACUUAGCAAAUAUUAAGCAUGUAAACAAACUAAUAUGGAUGAUGACAUGAUAAAUAUUAAUACUUACUGAAUAUCAGUACAUUUAUAAUCAUUCCAUCCAUUGUAAUCUGCCUAUGUAUAUGCCAAAAUAUAUUUUUUAACAUGGUUGUAGACUUUUUUUUAUUAUUAUUAUCAAAAGCUUCAUGCAAAAUCUUUGCAUUCUGUAGCUUCACAAGUAAGCGAUGCAAGAAAAGACAGGUAGUGAACCCAAAAGGGUGGCAUGUGCUGACAGUACUUACGAAAAAUGCCCUUUUUCUGUCUCUUUGAUGCCUUAAAUUAAAACCAUCAGUGUCUUUAGCAACUAGUCUACAAAGGCUACAAAGGCUGUAAAAUAAAUGCUCAACUGCUCCUUUGGUAGUUAAAGGGUUGCCAUAGACACCGACAUCACUGCCCAACCACACCCAUCUUUUCUCCAGAUACCACUGUGUUGAACAUGGGAGAGUAGGGGAAAGGGAGUGUGUGUAAGCUGAAGGUAGAUAUAAUGAAUGUACAGUAUCAAAAAGGAAAUACAAAGCAGAAGUUGAGAUCGGUCUUACUCGUCUGAGGCAGGCAAAGUCUGGUAGUGAUUAGUUUCGAGAUACCUAACAUUAGUCACAGAGUCCUGAAUGUGAAUUUUGAGCCUGCUGUUCUUUAGACAUUCUUUUUUUUUUGUUGUUUUUGUUCAGAUUAAAUGGGUGUUCCUCCCCUGAGGCAUUAUUGCCACCAGUGCACUCAUCUGGAUAUCAUUACUCUGAGUGUAACUAAAUGGGUCCCAUUGCCUUUGGAUAUAUGCAAUUACCAGUAAUAUCACCUCUAAGGAAAGUAAAGCCAAAAUAUGUAAAAAUCUUUAAUGCAAUGGGUUUUUCAAUCUGUUUGAUGUUAAUCUGCAGCAUGUGCUUUGUUGUAUAAGUAACAUGAUCAAUUUUUAUCUGUUUUCUACCAUUUUCCACCUUGUAAUUGUACUUUUUCUUUCUACAAAACAAAUGUAUUUCAAAAGUAAGACAAGUCUCUCUCAGAAGUAAAGCAAAUACUACAGACCA